AUGGCGGUUCUUCAGGUCCUCACGACCAGCGUUGCCGUGGCCCUCCUCUGGGUGGUAGUCGAAUCAAUCCGUCGUCUUUUUUUCCACCCUAUAUCUCACAUUCCGGGUCCCCGCUUGGCCGCUCUGACCUGGUGGUACGAAUUCUACUAUGAUGUCGUUCUUCCGGGCAAGUAUAUUUUCAAGAUCCAAGAACUGCACCUUGAAUAUGGACCGAUACUCCGUAUCACCCCGGACGAAAUUCACAUCAACGACGUUGGCUUCUUGGACACAGUCUAUACUGGAUUGAGAGACAAAUACGAGUAUCCAUUGCGGGCCUUGCGAGUUCCUGGAGGAGUAGGGGCCACAGCAGAUGCCAAACUCCACAAGUUGCGCCGUGAAGCUCUAGUACCAUUCUUCAGCAAACGGAAUGUUCUAUCUCUACAGCAUCUGGUUACAGAAAAGGUCAACCAACUAUCUGAGAUCGUCGCAAGUCAUGCCAAAGAAGAGUCGCAGAUCAAUCUAUCGGAUCUCUUUUUCGCAUUUUCUAACGAAGUUCGCGGAGAAAUUUCUGGAAUCAUGAAAGUGCAGUCAUCUGGGACUGAUGGAAAAAGCGACCGAAAUCCGACAGAAAAAGAAGCUGUCUACGAGUCCGUCUUGCUAAAUGAGUCCCUUCCACCCCAGGAAAGAACCUUGACCCGGUUGGAGCAAGAAGGUGCCCUCCUUGCCCUGGCUGGAACCGAAUCACCAUCCCUAUCUCUCAGCAUAAUUUUCUAUCACUUGCUUGCCAACCCGUCAAUUCUGGAUAGGCUCCGCACCCAGCUGGAAACAGUCCCAGUUGACGCCUCAUGGACCCAACUGGAAAAGCUCCCUUACCUUAUGGCAGUCAUCGAAGAAGGAAACCGUCUUUCAUUUGGUGUAACAGCACGUAUUGGACGUCGUGCAUACGAGGAGCUCAUUUUUACUCCGUCAUCUUAUGCCAAUACUCCUGGUACCGGAACACCUAAUACUGAGAAAUCCUAUAAAAUCCCGGCGCGUACGCCAUUGAGCAUCUCCACGCUUAGCGCACAUACCGCAGAAUCCGUCUUUCCGGAUCCAUUUACCUUCGACCCUGAACGCUGGCUAGGUGAGAGUGGUCGGGAGCGCAAACGAUUCCAAAUGGCGUUUACUAAAGGAAGCCGUAAAUGCUUGGGGAUCGAGCUUUCCAAUGCCGAGCUCUGUUUGGUCAUUGCGGCUUUGGUUCGCUCAUUUGAAAUGACCCUUUAUGAGACCGAUGCCAGAGAUGUCUCUUUCGAACACGACUAUCAAAUCGCGAUGCCGAAGAUGGGAUCUCAAGGUGUCAGGGCAACUGUCAAGUUCAGAGUUUAG